AUGGGUGGCUGGAUUUUAUCCAUGAAAAUCCUCCUGAUUUCAGCCGGAGUCGUCUCCUUGGCCGUCGGGUUGAGAUUCGCCGUGCCGGCGGCGGCGGACGGGAUUCCCGCGCUGUGGUCCGCCGCCGUGUCCUGGCUCAGGCCUCCCUACCUGUACCUGAUCAUCAACGGCAUCAUCAUCACCAUCGCCGCCUCCUCGCGCUUCCAGAAGAGCCACUCGGAGCAGCCGCCGGCCGCUCAGCACCUGAUCUCAGUCAAAACUCCUCCGACGGUGAGUUUCGAGCCGUUUCCGGCUCAGGUAGAUGUUGUCGCCGUGGUGGAGGAGCCUGCGGAGGCGGCGACUGCAGUGGCGGAGGUUGUGGUUUCGGAUAUUGAAGACGCCGUUGUCGAAUUGAGACCUGUGACGGUGGACGGAUCGGAGGUCGGCAUAGAUUCGCCAGAAGAAAUCGCGAUUGAAGCUGAUCAGGAUAAGGAUGUGUUUGUUGACUACACGAUUGAAUACAGAAACACGCCUCCGUCGCCGUCGCCGUCGCCGCCGCCGGAGGAGAUGGUUUCUCGGGAGAUUCAGCUCGAGUCUCUCUUCCCGGCGAGGGAGAAACCCCUUGUUACCUCCAGAUUCGCUCACCGGAAGCCAAAUAGAUCCAAUCCUGAAGCAGGCGCGCGGGCCUUGCGGGUAACAAAGACGAAAAAGCACGAGACGCUGGAGAGCACGUGGAAGAUGAUAACGGAGGGGCGGCACGUGCCGCUCACGAGGCACCUGAAGAAGCCGGAAGACCACGGCGGCGACGUUCCGGCGCCGGCGAGGAUCGGGAAGGAGCCGUCGCCGGGACAGGAAGAGCUGAACCGGCGGGUGGAGGCGUUUAUAAAUAAAUUCAACGAGGAAAUGAGGAUGCAAAGGCAAGAAUCGAUGAAUCAGUUCAUGGAGAUGAUAAACCGUGGCCUGUAA